AUGUCUAAUGUAACUGAGGUGGAUUUACCGCCGAAUCUGUCAUGUCUCAAAAAUAUAGACACCUUGCUACGAUGUCCCAUCUGCUUCGACUUCGUAAACAUCGCCAUGAUGACCCGAUGCUCGCACAACUUUUGCUCCCUGUGCAUACGAAAAUUUCUCUCCUACAAGCUGCAGUGUCCAGUUUGCAAUUUAGCGAUGACAGAACAGGAUUUGAGAAACAACCGAAUUCUUGAUGACUUGGUCCAGAGUUUCCAAAUUGCAAGGCAAAAGUUGUGUCAAGCAAACUUCGACUCGCCCCCGAUAUCUCCUAAAACCCCCUCCUCCGCGCUCAAACCAAAGCUGGCGAGGCAAGGGGGCCCCCGAAAGGAAGGCACCAUUCUGAGUCACUUUCUCCAAAAACGACCCCCGACGUCUCCCUUGGCUGGGGUCAGGGAGAAGAGCUCGCGUCGGGAUGGCUUCUCCCCGGGGCCCGGGGCCUCCAAGCCCGUGAAAGAGGAGCCGGAGGAGGUCGGCAUCCGGGGGCAGGUCAGGGUCAAAGAGGAGGAGGCGCAGGAGGAGCUGCAGCUGAGCGGAAUGAUGGAUCGCGUGAAGAUGGAGAGGACGGACAGCUCCGUUUCUCCGUCCACCUCACAGGAUGUGAAGCCCGUGGUCAAAGUGGAGUGCCCUGUCUGUGGAGUCGCCGUCCCUCAGCAGCACAUUAAUAAGCAUCUGGACAUGUGUCUGACCAGAGAGGAGAAGAAGGAGGGCCUGAGGAGGUCUGACCAACUAGCACCCCCCUCUUCUCCGUUUCUUAUGCCCAACUCAGGGAAGCGCCGGCCAAUAACCAAACUGGUGUACACGUUGUUAACUGUGCAGGAGCUGAAGAAGAAAUUGAGAGAAUGCCACCUUUCCACUCAGGGCUCCAGAGAUCAGCUGAUCAGACGUCAUCAGGACUUUGUGCACAUUUAUAACGCGCAGUGUGACGCCCUCAGUCCCCGGUCAGCCGAGGACAUCGCCAGAGAAGUGGAAAAUAACGAGAAGACGCGGAAUCAACUGGAGAGAAAAAACGAACGUGCCGUCGUCAAGACCAAGAACCUGACGUCUAAAGAAGUGGAGGAACUGAAUUCAAAUUACCGUAAACAGCACAGCAGCGAAUUCUCCAGGCUCAUCGCCCAGGUCAAAAGUCGCAUGAAGACGUCCGCACGAGGUCAGGCCACGCGAGAGGAGAAGGAAACAGGAGAAACGACGUGCCGCUCAGGUAACGCCAUUCUAAGUAAUGCUUCCCCAUCCGUUUCCUCCAAGCCCGAGGUCGAUGAGAGUGAAGUCAUCGAGGUCUUGUCAAGGUCACCGAGCCCGUCUCUGAGUGAAGUGUCUGUCAGUAGGUAA